GAACAAAGAGGAUUUUACGACGAUAGGGGCCUUUGUUCAAGAAUUUAAGAAGAGGGCGCAGAAGGUCCAUGGGAUUUCGGAGGAAGCACAGUGUGCCAUGUUCCUGGGGCUACUCACGGCAUCUGAGGCCGUCGAGUUGACGAGGCAUGGAGGAGGUAGCACCAAGCUCACCUGGGCCACCAUUGAUAGAGGGGUGAAAGUUGGGUGUUUGGACCAGGUAGAGCAACGUCAGGUACGCGUACAAAGGCAGAAGAGAAAGGAAAGAGAUGCGACCGCUUCUGGGACCCCGGGAGUAACAAGGAUUGUUACAGACGUAUUGGCACAACUGGGGUAUGCGACAGAGCCGGUGGUGCAAAGGAGGGUAGUAACGGCUGUCCAAGUAAAAGGAAAGGAGCCAGUGAUAGAGGAGGCUGUUCAAGAGGAGCUCUGGGAAGAGGAAGAACCGGUGCUGCAGCGCCUGACGAAGGCCCAGUGCAAAGUGCGUAACUUGGCGCAGGGCGGACAGGGAUCAGGAAAAGCGGAGGCGCCUCAAGCCUUGACAACAACCCCUUUAAAUGUGGCGGCUCCAUCAUCUAGUACGGGCCCCUCGCAAGGAGGGGCGCCCUCCUACGGACAAUGGUCCUGGCCGAUGAUCAAUGCAAUCGUACCAUGGGGUAGCCUGCCACCAGUAGCCGGACCGCAAACGAGUAUGCCGCCGCCCAUCUACCUCGCAGCCCAGGCCCAGCCUGUGGCCCCGCCGCCGUCACCUGCUCCCAGUUCACAGGGCAGUGUGGCGGGAGCACGAACAAGAAAUCAAGCCAGAGCCAGCGCCAGCCAAGAACCUCCGAGGAGGGAGCAGGAGCCAGGAAAAAGAAAGGAGGUUGUGGAAGUGGAGGAUGACGACAAUAAGGAGGAAGAGGAUGAGAGGCUGCGCAGGGAGGAGGAUCAAAGAGCGGAGCAGCGGGCAAGGAAAAAGGGAGCCAGGGGAAAAGCCGAGCUGGUCAUACGCGACGGGCCGUCCAAAAGAAAGAAGUAUGCGGUUCGAUUGGAGGAGGGGUUUGACGUGGAGAAAGUGAUCGACCGGCUGCUGGAAGGGCAUAAUGACCUCAUGACCCUGAAGGAAAUCCUAGUGUCGGCCCCGCGACUCCGCGAUGAACUGAAGGGGAGGUUGUCGUGGCGCUUGGUGCCCAACGUCCAUCUGGGCACGAUUCUGCCCAAAGAGGCAGAGUGGGCGGAGUCAGGCACAAAGAUGGAUUGGAAGGGACGGCUCAAGCAAGGUUCCCAAAGGCGGUACAAGACGGUAGACAAGAAGUGCCGCUCGGUUCUCAUUCUCGUUACAGAAGACGAGGAAGCAUAUUAUGAGAGGGAACGAGGGUUGAUACGGCGAAUGAGGGAAAGUGCUUUAGCAGGGCCAUGUCGUAUCAACGAAGGGAACGAGGAGGAGUUGAUCAUAGGGGAGUCCGACUUCCUGCUGCCUCAGGAGCGAACGUUGAUGGUGGAACUAAUGAAGAGGAGGCAUCGCGCCUAUGCGUUUAGCGACGAGGAGCGUGGCAGGCUGGAUGUGGACAAGAUACAUAUGAUCCGCAUCCACACCAUGUCACACGAGCCGUGGAACAUGAGAGGGGUGCGAUAUCCUAAUCCUGACGAGGAAAAGAAGGUGGUGGACUACCUCGACGGCAAGAUAAGUACACACGUCACUGACUAUUCUAGUGGACCGUAUGCAUCCCCGUGGUUUUACUUCAUUAAGCCUAACGGGACGCUGCAAUGGGUGCAAGAUCUGCAAAGGUUAAAUGCGGUGACCGUGCGGGAUGCUGGAGGACUGCCAAAUGCGGAUGCUUUGUCGGAAUCCUGUGCUGGAAGACCUAUAAUUUCGCUUAUAGACCUUUACUCAGGAUAUGAUCAGUUUCCGGUCUACCUGCCGGAUAGGCCAGUGACGGCUAUGCAUACGCGGCAAGGAUUAAUCCACAUGAACGUGGUCCCUCAAGGGUGGACCAACGCGGUAGCAAUGGUCCAACGGGCCAUGAUUCGGGUUAUGCAGGCAGUCAGCCCCCAUAUCACACAGCCAUAUAUCGACGAUUUGGCAGUGAAGGGGCCGACAGUAAAGGAGAGCGACGAAGUCUCGCCAGGAGUAAGGCGCUUUGUUUGGGAGCACAUCCAGGACCUCGAAAAAGUCCUGAGCCUGCUCGAGUUGCAUAACCUCACGGCAAGUGGGGCCAAAUCCAGACACUGCAUGAGGGAAGCGACCAUUUUGGGAUUCGUCUGCAGCGAGAAGGUCCGAAGGCCGGAUGUGAAGAAGACGGACAAGAUUACUGAGUGGCCUAUUGACGUCGUAGCAGCGCUUCAUGAUGGUAUUGCAGGAGGACAUCGAGGGGUACAAGCCACGUAUGCCAAGAUAAGUGAGUUAUACUACUGGGAUGGGAUGAUGGACAUGGUCGGGAAAUUCUGCCGAUCUUGUGUACCUUGCCAGGAGAGAUCCCGUUUAAGGCAAGGAGAGCCGUUGCAUCCAAGGCUAGAGCGAGAGGUGGGGGCUGUAGUGCACCUCGAUCUACUUUUUAUGCCGCUUGGGGAUCAAGGCUAUAACUAUAUCUUCGAUGCGCGCGAUAACCUGUCUGGCUUCGUAGACGGGCGUGCUAUUCGCACCAAGACCGGGUUAGUAUUAGUGAGCUGCAUCGAGGAAUAUUACCUGCGUUAUCCUUUCGUCAGGGAAUUCGUAAUGGACAGGGGAUCAGAGUUUACCUGCCAGGAGGUGCAAGAACUGUUAUCAAGGUCUGACUUUACAAAGACAGCCAUGCCAAGAGGAGGGAAGGGGACACGGCCGCCUCAGAGGCCGUUGGGAGCAUUAAGAGGAUAUGAGCGGCAUGGGCCUCACCAUAGAGAGAGUACUCCGAUGUACGACGAUGGGGACAUCGAGCUAUUCCUGGACAGCUUUUCGGAUCAUGCGAGGCGUAUGGGCUGGACCGUGGCUCAGGCGAUUGAGAGAUUGAGGGGAGCAGGCAGGUUCAAGGAGCCCAUUACCAGGAUUCGUAGGGAGGCGACGACGAGGCAGGAGGUGGAGACGAGGAUGCAGGAGCUGCGACCUUCGCCUGUGGAACCAGAUGGCAGGCCGAUCCGCCUAGAGAUCGUAAAUGCGGCAGAUUUUAUUCCUGCCUUCGAGUGGUUCAUGCAGGGGCAAGGUAUUCCGAGAGAUGAGUGGGCGAGGACGUUACCCCUCUGGACCAGAAAGGCGGAGAGGGCACUGGUUACGCAGCUAACAGCUUAUGCCCUGGAGCACCCAGACCUGGAGGAACCAGCACCUGCAGAGCCUCGUCAGGAGCCGUGCCAGCCCGAGAAGGAGAUGGAGGCAAAGAUCCCAAAGAGGGUCGACCUCCGCACGAGGGAAAGGGCGCCAGCUGGAGAGACGGCUGAAGAAAAGAGGGCGAGAAGAAUCAGGCGGAUAGAUGAGAUAUGGCAAGAGAUGCAGAGGUUGGAGGCAGCGGGGGAGCUUCCGGAGCAGCAACAGGAAAGGCAGAGAUCGGAGGCAGCAGGAGCACUCCCAGGUCAGCCACCCAGCGCCCCAGCUAGGGCUCCGGAGAUUCCAGAGAUGUGGAGGGACUUCUGGGAGCGAAGAGGAGAGGAGCUUCCCUCGCCAGUCAGAGCCGGGUUUGGGGUGGCCAGGAAGGCGGAAGAGAGGUUAGAUCGCAAAAUCAAGUUCCUGGCCAAGACAACUUUUGACCGACACUUGUUAUUGGAGAGUGAUCUGGCAGGGAAGAAGAUGAAGGAAGCAAGCCAUGGAGUACGCCUGGAGGCUAUGGAGGUGGAAAUUCAGGAACUCGGGUUAUUGGUAGCUAGUCAGGCAGCUAUCAUUGAGAGCCUGAGGCAGCAAAUCCAGGGAAAGGUGGACAAGCCAGAGAGCAGCAGGCAGGGAGAGCAGAGGCAGCCAGGACGUGGAUUACCGAGACAGUCAUCUGCAGCAGAGCCUCGCCAGGAGCCACCUAUGGGGAGAGUUAUCCUGAAGCCAGAGGAGGCGAGAGCCCAGAGACAGGCGGAGAGAGAGGCGUUCGAGUUCAGAGCCCCUACCGAGCUCGCGACGCUGCCAGUAGCAGCGGUAGGCCUAGUCGUUGAGGAGGGGCUACCACCAUCUUGCAGUGAGCCGGCUCAGGGCUCAACAGAAGGAUCCAUGGGCGUACUCCUUGAGGCGGUGCAUACUGUGCAGGAGGAGGUGAGUUUGUUUUCACCUAAGCAGAGGAUAGAGGAGCCUCUUGAGAGAGAAAUAGGGAUUGAGGCAGAGGGUGCCAUCGAGAGCGGGCUCCAGAGGAUGGGCACGCCUGAGUAUGGGCCAGAGGAGAUUGAGGAGCAGCUCAUGACAGUGCCAGGAGAGAUACUCGAGAGGAGACCUCAGAGGUUGGACACGCCUGAGUACUUCCCGGUGACAGGGGAUUUGAGGAGUAGACUGGGAUCUUGGGCUACUGGAUCUGGGUCUGGGGGACCGGUUCCCGGGACAGAGCAGCAGGAGGUCGUUAGUACCGCAACUCCUCGAUCAGAACAUCAGGGGGUUGUCAGUACCUUGGUAGGAUCUCCUUCAUCGCCACCCCCUCAGCCCAGGAAGAAGAAGUUCAAGAGGAAGAUUGAUCAGCUAUGCUUCGACUGCAAGAGGGGUGUGCAUCUGACUCUGGACUGUCUCGAGUUCCUUGAGGAUAAAGCAGCAGGGAAGGUCUCGGAGGUAGGGGGUAAGAUGUAUGAUAGACAGGGUAGGAUAGUAGAAAAGUUCGCAGAUGGACUUAGGGCUCAGUUAUAUAGGCAAAACCAGGAGGAGUUGAGGAGGUAGGGCCGGUUUGUCUAUAAAAGUGGGCGAAUGUGUUGUGAGGCAUCAGCUUAGGUUAUG